AUGGAGCUCGAUAGCCGCGAACACGACCGGCACCGCCCCCACGUUUCUGCGAAGCCCGAAGACAACUUCGUCAUAGGGAUCUCUGGAUGCACCUCCGCCGGCAAGACAACGCUUGCUCUCCUGCUAGACGUCGUACUGCGAGAAGCGGUCUGUCGUAUGGUAUCCAAUAACCGAGAACACAACCUCGUGCUCCCUCCGCACACCGCCAUCAUACACCAGGACGCAUAUUUCUUCAAAGAUGGUAUAAAAAGGGGUCCGAUGGUCCCGGUGCAGCCUCUGUGGCCGGAGGACAAGCUGGUCGUGAGUAUGACCGGCCCGGACGACCCACCUAUACUGGUAGAGGACCGGGACCGCGUCGGGAGUUGCGAUAUCGAGCUCCUCACGAAACACAUCGACGAGCCAGACGAGAACGCAAGGGCUAACGUGCCGAACCCGCGGUUCCUAACGAAUCUUCAAAACCGCGCGCAAACACAAGCACGAGGAGAUGAUGAGCUAGAGCUAGAACGAGAUGACAUCUCCCCAGCGGCCGCCGCAGCCGCGGACGAACUUUCCCCCGAAACCCUCGACGCAGCCGUCGAAGCCAUGCGCGACGCGUUCCGGCGACACUUGACGAACCCGUCCCCGACCCCGACCCCUGAUAUCGAGCGCAUCCGAAUAGACGACGACGACCCCGGCGUCCCCAUCGUCGUCCCCUACCGGUUCACCGUCGCCGAAGGCUUCACGCUGUUCGCGCGGGACCCGGACCACGACCCGAUCGGGCGGGUAUCUCCGUCUUCCGACGCCGAGGCGGUCGCGCUGCGCUCGCUGCGACGCGCGCAGGACCGCUUCGAUGUCCCGCUUUUCUUGCCCGUGGACCGCGACGAGGUUAGGACGCGCAGGUUUAAGAGGGAGAGGUACACGGAUGCGCCGGAGGGCGCGAGGAGGCCUGGGGAGCUGUGGAAGAGUGGGGGGUAUUUCGAGAUGGUUGCUUGGCCGCAUUACGAACGCUACCACCAACAUAUCCUGCCCCAUCUGGCCGCGGCGUAUUCCAGCGACGAGGCGUUCAGGCAGCGCGAGCACGGGCGCCCGUGGUGCGCGAUGAACGCCUGGGAGCGGGAUCCCCGCGUCAACGGCGUCCAUGUGCGACCCGUGGCCGUACGUUCGCUUGACGAGACUUUGCUAUGGGCGUCCUCGGUUGUUGGCGCCGCGCUGGCUGCGAGGCAGUUGCAGGAUCGCGAUCCCGGUUCGUAG